UUUAUCAUUGCACAUACAGCAACUUUAAUAAACGUGUAAUUCUAGAGCUGACCGCUUGAUGUCGCUGUCGUCUAAAGAAGAGUCACUAGGUGCUGCAUGAACAGCUGCUGUUCUCUCACACACAUCUGUGCACUACAAACAAUUAAUGAAGGGUUGUCAUAAUUUACAUUAAAUGCUUUUUUAAUAAACUCAACAAGAAGUUGUGAUGAUUGCUACGAUGUGUUUAGUAACCAAUCCCAAUAGUGCCGAUAGCACAAACCUAGCUACAAGUACCAAUAGAUGUUACACAAUCCAUAAAUGGAAAUCUCAGAUCUUUAGUGUUUUGGAUAGAGAUGAAAAAUGUGCACAAGUUCAUGAUGAGGUCAAGCAUUUAUGACUGAGGAGGUUUGUUACACAGUAAACCUGUUGCUCCUCCUAUGAAUGCUUCAGUCAUAUCAACACACACAGACUUACUAUUACACAAGUCAUUCUGAACUUCUGAGACACCGGUGAAUAUUCAAAGACAAUGCAAUUAGAUGAUGUAGAGUUAGAAAAAUAUGUUGAGACGUCAUCCCGUGAGAGCAGGACGGCCACAGACAGCCCAAAACUUCUGUCACACUCUAUUGAAGAAAUACUGAAGAAACCUGUCAACAAGACACUUAAAACAUCUGGAUGCACACAGACCAAGAUAAAGACGGAUGCUCCUAAAAUCAUUACAUACACAGCUCGAGGGUCCGGUCGCAGACGGGUAAGGACCACAUUCACCGUGAUCCAGCUGGAGGAGCUGGAGAGAGUUUUUCAGGAAACACAAUUUCCUGACGUUCACACCAGAGACCAGCUCGCAUGUCGAACGCAGCUGUCUGAGGGAAGAGUUCAGAUCUGGUUCCAGAACCGGCGGGCGAAGUGGAGACGCAGUGAAGCUAAAGCAGCACACACACCUCUGACAGUGCUGAGAGAUGCAGAACACACUCACCUCCAGACUCCUGUCCACUGUGUUCACUACCUGAGUUUUCACCAGAAGCUCUGGCUGCCGGAGUCAAUCUGUCCUCGCAUUGGUUCUCCUGAACUCGUCACACUUCAACACCAUUCAUACUUCUGACCUCAUCACCUUCAUGGGCCACUGCCAAACAGACAUUUUCACAAGAUCAAGAAUCUUCUCUAUGAAUAAAA